UCUUCUAAGCCACAGCUAUGCGCACAUCCUCCCCGUCAUAGCCUAAAACACAUUCCAGUUCCGGACUCACGCGUACACGCGCCCGGGAAAGUUUACGUUCAAAUUUCGAAUUCGCGAAUACUCCGAACUAUUAUUUUUAUUCUAACGCGAACCAUUAUAAGAAAAAAAGUUGCAGAUUUUGGCGGCAAACGGGUAAAGUUGUGUGUUUGGUGUUAAAGUGCGUUUCGCAUACUUUAAAAAGCUUUUAAGAUAUUUUUUAUUUGUGUGCGGUGUACGGAUAGAUUCUGUUGAUGUGAAGUGUUAUAUUUUUUAUUUUUGUGCACAUUUUGAUUUGGAUUUUUUUGCUCCGGAAAUUUUUGGAACAAUGUGGAUAAACCGCGGUCAGAUAUCGCGUCAUUAGGGAUCUAUUAUUCGUUUUAUUUUCCAUUACACUCCUCACUCCCACACCGUAGCAAAAAGAUGCUGGGGUGUGCACAAAGGAGAGUCGCCUCGGAGUUCGCAUCCUUUGUCCCUAAAGCUAUCAUCUUCAGCUCGGCUGUUGACAGCCGGUGCCUAGACAAGUAGAUGACAAAUUAAAUUCAAUAAACUUUAAAAUUUAAUUCGGCCAAAUUUGAAACACGAUUAAAAUUUCUUAAUUCUGUACCACCCCGAACAAAACUAGUCAAAGUAACAAAUUGAGGAGCGAUAGCAUUAAGUUACCAAUAGAAGUUGCAAAGGCUAUAGCUACGCCUUCGCUGGUCACCGAGCCGCCGCCGAGCUGCCGCCGCGGUGGCAUGCUGUAUGCCCCUUGUGUCGACUGUGCGCUGACUGGUCGCUACGUCACGUGGCUUCCCGGCGCGCGACUGCAGUGCUGGAUGCUACUAACUGUAUACACGUUACCACAGCUUGCCGUCUCUGCGAAGAUAUUGUGCCUCCUGAUGGUGGUGAUCUGCGGUGCGGUGCCAUCGAUGGUCCGGUCGGUUCGUCUCUACAACCAGUGCUCGCAUAUGUACGUCAACGUGUUCCCCAACGGCACCGUCAUGGCCCGCUCCGAUGGAAACGACCAUCCGAAUCUCACCAUCAGUACGCGCGGCGUCAACCUCGAGCUGCUCAUCCACUCGCCCGUGCAGGAUAUGUACCUGUGCUUCAACCGCUCCAAGCUGGUCGGCAGACGUUUGUCCCGAUUUCAAGCGGAGCGACAGUCCAAUUGCCUGUUCAAAGAAGAGUUUGUGGACGGCUACAGCUCCUUCCACCUGGUAAAGAACGACGACCGAUACAUAGGGUUCAACCGGCGCGGACUGCAGCUGCGACGACUGAAGAGCCGCCUCUCCCAGCGCUCCCAAAACUGCUUCGCCUUCAUGAAGGAGAACCAGGACUUCGACAUAAGCAGGCACAACCACAUGGUCGCCGCGGACCGGCCCCGGCAUCCGCAGCGUAGACUGCGCCCUCCACCGCAGAACUCCAUCAAACCGCCAUGCCACGGCGUGCGCCACCACCACGGUAGGCACCAGAGGCGGAGGAACUGCGAGGGCACGUAAACCUUUCCAUUAUUAGCAGCAUUUAGCUUGAACGCUUCGCGCGUUUCGUCGCCAGCUGUCGACGGGCCUGUGGACAGAGUAUUAGUCAACUACCGCAGUAUUAUUUCAGAACGAGGACUGGACGACGUUAGGCUAGCCGGCCGCGGUCGCUUCGAAACGCCGAAUGGUAGCUACGGCGAGCGGGAGCAAACAGAACGAGGAAAAAGGCCGGGGCGGCUGGAGAUGUGAAAUUCCUUACGGUCGUGCAACAUCGCGCUCGUUUGCUCUCGCGCUCGCGUACACUCGUGCUCUAAAAGGAAAAAAAGGCUUUCUGAGGAAAGAGCAAACAGUGUCGCUAGUCACGAGUCUUCUGAGAGACCACCGCUGAAUUUUGAUCGCCGAGGCAGCUUCGGGACGUGGAGGCGCGUCUCCGUAAAGUUGUUCAUCUGGACGUUUGAUAACUUUCCUAACCUCGACUGCUCCGGCUGGCUCGCCAUUAUUGUAGUAAAAGCGCCUUUACGUCAAUUCUCAGUGUAUUAUUAUUUAAAUGCUUUAAUAUUAAGUUCGGAUCGCGUUAUCUGCUUGUAAAUAUAUAAUAAAAGUACAUAAUUGUGUUUACUUAUUUAUCGAUGGAAAAAUUUAAUGAGAAGUUUGUAAACGUAGAGGUUAGUUGUAUAGUUGUAUUAAAAUGAUUUGUAUUUAAUUAAUGGUUAUUUAAUCUAUCCGACCGAGCGCUCUCUUGUGAUUAGCCACAGAUAAUGUAACUAUUAACGGUAACUUCGCAUCUGUAUACUUCUACCAAACGUUCUCCAAUAUCGAUUAAUGUCGCUAAGAGUUUAUGUAUGAUUUGAGCUUUUUGUAAAUAUUAUUUUAAGUGUUUGUUUGAGAGUGAUAGGUACUUGAAUCUCUAUACGUUAUUAUUAUUUCAUUGUUGCGAUAAUAACUGAUGCUUGCAUUGAACAAAGGGAAGAUUUUCAUUCCACAAUCAUUAAAAUAUUUAGUAAAUUGUAAAAUAAUUUUCUAACAUUCGAAUUUUGUUUUUCAUAUUAUUUGCUCUAUUUUAUUUUUUUAUACCACAUACAAGAAAUAAAAAGCAUUUAUUGUUUACAAAAUAUCGACAAACAUGGGCAUUAGUUUAUUUUCGUAUACAAUAAAUGUGUUAUAUAAAAAAAGAAACAUCAGAAAUACAUUCAUAUAAUACCAGUUCAUAAUACGUGAGAGAAGUUAGUCAGCAAAUAUAUAAACACGUAUUAUGUUUUAUGUAUAUUUUAUGUGACAACUUAUAUAUUAAUUAGUACUGAACCAUAACUGUUGUAACGUAUUUAUUAGUGAACAUUGUAAUCUUGUAUAUUUUAAGAUCUGUGCCAUAGUGAGGUGGCAGCGUACGACUUUAUGUUUGCGAUGUAAUUAGUAUAUUAAGUUAAUGUCUGUUAACUACAAAUAAAUUUUAAAAAAAAUGUUUAAAGUAAGACGAAUAACAAAAAUCAAAUGUAUUCUGUACCCAGUGUGAACAAGGCUUAAGAUAUUGCGCUAAGGGUGUAGGCAAAUGUUAAUUAUGUCUUACACCCAAUAUUAUAUUCAAUGUAAUUGUUGCUAUUGUCUGCAUUUUAAAUAUAUACAUUCCGUUUAUAUUCCA